AUUAAGAAAAACAUGUCUAAAAGAACUGUCAGCCGUUUGUCAGAUGAGUCAUUCUCUACUCCAGACUCUACAGUAGAGACGUUGUUGUUGUGUAGGUAUUAUAGUUAGUCCUGUAAGAGUAUUAGCAGUACAUGUCAAAUCAAGUUCAAUGAUUAAAUAUUACCACCAUGGCUGAAUACUGUGACUUUGAGUGGGCUGGCUAUCGGGUACCACGUAGCCCUUCUAGUGCCCCAUACACUCCAACUAAAGAAUUGCCACUUGAAAAGGAAGAGGCUUUGAAAGUGCUCAAGAAUAAAGUUUCUCAGCAUGAAGGCUUACCAGAGAUGAAUGAUUCAUUUUUACUGAGGUUUUUACAUGCUCGUAAAAUGAAAGUUGAAGAAAGCUUCAAGUUGCUUUGUAACUACCAUGAAUACAGGAAAGAGCACCCAGCUUUGUUUGAAAACAUGACAUUAAAUGAUACUUUGAUUCAACAAGCCUUGUAUGAUGGUUUCCCUGGGGUGUUGGCCAAUAGAGACAGAAGAGGGCGUUGUGUAUUGGUCUUCUUUUGUAAUCAUUGGGAUCACUCAAACUAUUCUCUAGAAGUGAUUUAUCGAUCAUUACUGUUGACACUGGACCGCUUACUGGAACACGAAGAGAAUCAAGUCAAUGGUUUUGUGUUUAUUGUGGACUGGACAGAUUUCUCAUUGAGACAGUCGACAAACAUCAGUCCGAGAGUGAUGAAAGCCAUGAUCGAAGGUCUGCAAGAUUGCUUUCCCGCUCGGUUUAAAGGAGUACAUUUUGUAAAUCAGCCUUGGUACGUUGAGGCUGUAUUAAUGUUUGCUAAGCCUUUCCUUAAAGAAAAAACCAAAGAGAAGAUUUUCUUGUACGGCAACAACUUGUCGGCAUUACAUGAAGUUUUGAAUGCAGACAUACUGCCGGCAGAGUUGGGAGGAGAAUUGUCUACGUACAAGCCUACUCUUUGGGCUGACCAGAUGAUACAUCCGGACACUGCACCUAAACUGUCUGACAAAGAGUAUGGGAAGAUAUAUUCUGAUGGAAAUUAAAGUCUGGAACUUAGUAACACUAAUGGAUCUAUAAAAAAAAGACAAAUGUUGUUAAAUGACUACUUUUGGAUCUGCUGGAACUACAAGUAUUAAUCACAGUAUAGAUUUUGUAAUGUGUAGGUAAAUAAUUUUAUGAUCUAUUAGCUACUUGUUUUUUAACUACAUAUUUUAAAUUGGAUCUUUAUACAAGUAUUAUGAUAUAUACCGUCCAUGUAUUAUGUAUUUGAAAUAGCUUCUGAAAUAAGCUAACUCUCCAUUUUAUUUUCAUACACUAAAAUAUUUUUGUGUAUAAAUUUUUUAGUACAUGGAGUUUUAACAUUAAGUAAUACAAAAAGCUGGGAUAGUAUUAUGGUGAAGUUUAUAAACUAAUAAUUUAUUUUACUUCGCUGUCAUUACUAUGUUAUUUGAAAAUAAGAAUCUUGCAUGUAGUAAUUAGCAAAGAUUGUUGAUAGAAAUAAGUAUUAUUACUUAAUUCUUUUAAUGUUGUCAUUUUAGUUUUAUUAAAAUAAUAUUUUACAAGUUGUCUCGUACGAUUACAAAAUAUAUAAGUUUAUAAAAUCACUGGGGAAAUAAAGAAUAUUCCAGUUUUGAUAUUUACUAUAUAAAUAUCUACUCAUGCUAAUGUUAACAACAUUAAUUACUGAAGGACUAGUUUUGUCCUAUUUUACUGAAUUAUCUGCUUCAGUUAUCAGCAUAAAUGUUAUUUUAAAGUAGCUGAAAUUAAAGUAAUAAUCAACACCUUAAGAUAGAAAUAUGUAAACAAAAACAUAAGAUACAACUUUUGACUGUGUGUAAUACUUUAAUAGUUACCAUUUCUGUUGUUUGCUGCUAGAUAGUGCACAACCAAAACGUUUCAAUCAGGAACAGAUUUUAGCAUUGGAUGAUAUACGUAUCUGCUUAUAGACUGUUUCAAAUCAAAGAUGAGUAUAAAAUCUACUUACAAAGAGAGGUGUUAGAUAUAUAAUUUGUCACAUUUAUGAGAUUUUCCAGUUCAGGAAUUAUGUAGGUUUAAGGAAUUAUUACGUCUACACGAUCGUAAAAGUAUUCUUGAAAUAAAUGACAUUGUGGACAUUACAAUAUCCAUUACACUAUCAUACAUGAGUAUUUGAGGAAAAUUGUCAGAAAUAAAUACAUUGAUUUUGCAAAAUUAAUUUAAAGAUUAUUAUAUUAAGAAAUUGUUAAUCAUUUCACAAAAAGCCAUGUUGCAGAUUUUAUUUUCAAGUAACUUAAACACUGUUUCACAAAAAAAAUUUCUUUACCAAUUUAAUUGGGGCAGAGUGUUUUUAAUAUUGUACUAGAAAACUGCUGUAAAGAUGAAAUGAGAAAUUAUUGGUAAUGAAUUAAUUAAAAUGAAGCUAAAGGGAUGUUUUCGGAUUUGAAUUAGGCUCCCAAUAUUUAAACAUAAUACCUAAUUUCAAUUAUACCUGGAACCCUCCAAAGAUGAAAAAUUAACAGUGUUUUACUAUUCAGAUAUUUAUCUUUGGCAAUUGGAAACAAAAAUCCAAAAUAAAACAAAAUUUAUAGUACAUUAUAAAAUCUAGAUGCAUUGUUGGGUUAUUCCAAAAAAAUGGAAAUUUUCUGUCCCCAGCUUGUUGGUAACUAGCAACCAGAGAUUAUGCAUCGUAGUAUAGAUUAGUGCAGCAAAUCGUACUAUAAAAAACUUGAAUAUGUCAAACUUUGUAGGGUUCUAAGUGUGAAGGAAUGUAUGCUGGAAAAUAUUUUGCAGAACAAAAAGUCUUAUUUUAAUGUUGACAGUCAAUAUUCAUACAAAUUUGUCAAUAUGUUUUCAGAAGCACCUUGCCCAUUUUACUUUAAGCAAAUCUAAGUUAAUUACAUUUAUUGUUAUUAAUUAUUGUAUUUUAAUUUAUAAGAUAAGGUUUAUCUUCAAUAUUUUAAAAAUUUAGUUUUAAAAGUGAGGUUGUUUUGUUAUGGUAUGUGAGUUUCCUCAAGAAUCCGAGAUAAAUUAUAAAAACUAUAAACUAGGUAUAGGUGUAUAAAGAUGUGGAAUUCAUUUUCACCAUCACAUAGUUAAAUAUAGAGAUCAUAUAUCAGAUUUAUUAAAUAUAGUGUUCAUGAUUCAUUUGUAGAAGAGUGACAAAGUAUCUUUUUGGAGAAGAUUUCCUUGAAAUUCAAUCAAUCUUAUGCUCUUGAACUAAAAUAAUCCUACAUCAUCAAUCAAGUAUAACCUGUUUUAAAAGCAAUUUAUGGCUUGUGAAUAGAUACAUUGGGGCAUUAUAUUACUUACCAUACUACAAUCCUUCUCUUUCGCAAAAAUAUUCUUAUAGAGUUUUCAGUUUAAAUUAUAAAUAUGAAUUUAAUGGGUAAAACCACUUAAUAAUUUUUUAAUGUAUGGAAUUGUUCUUAGUUAUUAUUCAGGAAAGUAUUGUUUGUAAUAAUUAAAAAAUAAUAUAGUUUUCAGUUUAAAAUUGGUGAGGUUUUAUUGAAUAAAGAAUAUAAGCCAUACUUUAGCUAUACAGUAAUAUGGAUUCAGUAACACUUAUGGAUUAUGUAGAAACUACAGAAUAUUUGCAGUUAAUAUUUGUCGCUAUGGUUAAUUUCCUGGCUCUUCUCUUUGUGUCAAUCUAAGUUUGGAUUAUGUAGAAACUACAGAAUAUUUGCAGUUAAUAUUUGUCGCUAUGGUUAAUUUCCUGGCUCUUCUCUUUGUGUCAAUCUAAGUUUGGAUUAUGUAGAAACUACAGAAUAUUUGCAGUUAAUAUUUGUCGCUAUGGUUAAUUUCCUGGCUCUUCUCUUUGUGUCAAUCUAAGUUUGGAUUAUGUAGAAACUAAAGAAUAUUUGCAGUUAAUAUUUGUCGCUAUGGUUAAUUUCCUGGUUCUUCUCUUUGUGUCAAUCUAAGUUUGGAUUAUGUAGAAACUACAGAAUAUUUGCAGUUAAUAUUUGUCGCUAUGGUUAAUUUCCUGGUUCUUCUCUUUGUGUCAAUCUAAGUUUGGAUUAUUUAGAAACUACAGAAUAUUUGCAGUUAAUAUUUGUCGCUAUGGUUAAUUUCCUGGUUCUUCUCUUUGUGUCAAUCUAAGUUUGGAUUAUGUAGAAACUACAGAAUAUUUGCAGUUAAUAUUUGUCGCUAUGGUUAAUUUCCUGGCUCUUCUCUUUGUGUCAAUCUAAGUUCAGAAUAGUUGUUACACAUUAAAGUAUGUCAUACUCACACUUCAAAAUCAAUAAAAAUCCAAAAUUCCAUCCAGUGUAAAACUUACAAGGUUAUUUGCUUUAUGUACAAAUAAAAAAUAGAUGUGGUUAACAUGCAAUCAGUCUUAAGUCUGAAAAUGGCCUAUCAAGUUUACUCUUACACUGGCAACCAACAAUAUAAUGUCAAUUUAAUUAAUUCUGUAGUAGCAUUUGAGGUAAUGUCAAUCCAACUCGCCACUGACCACCACUAUUUAUAUACCAUUUCAAACCGAAAGAAUUGCUGAUUUCAAUGGUGAAAUUUGUUUUGCUGUUUUGGCAGCAGUGUUGUCCUCGUGACAACAUGAAACUUUUGAUCUGUACAGAACGAUCGUCAACAUGUAGCCAUCUUGAAACGAGUUAGUUGUUUUUAUGGUGCUUUUAUUCCGUUAUAAAAAUGUAUUUAUUUUGCAAAAUAAUGUUAAUUAGUUAUUAAAAAGUUAUUUACGGAUAUUUUUAAAUAGACAUGUAGUGUUUCGUAUAGUAAUUUUGUGGUUUUUAUAUGUGAUAUGUUGUAAUUAUAAAGCCUAUUUAAAUCUAGGCUAAUAUGCAGUGAAUUGAAAGUGUUCAGGAGCUAUAAUGUUAGUGAAAUAUAAUAGGUAUGAUUUAUUAUGUUGAUUUAUAGCUUGUUUUAGCCUCUCAUUUCAAUAAUAUCCCAAAAUUUUGCUGAUAGAUCGUCUAACAUUUGAGAACUUGUCUCAGACAACCUGGGUCUUGACAGUAACACCUAGGUUCCUUUUUAUGCUUUCUGCAACUCCAAACUAAGUCAGUAUUUAGUUAUUGUAAAAUGUGUACAAAGUCAGUGAAAUAUCGCCAUAUCAAAAUUUACCUAAGUAGAAACCUUUUAUUAAUAUAAAAACCUGUCACUUUCAAAGAAACAACAUUUUUUUAAUUGGUUAUUAAUUAAUUAAUUAUUUUUAGUGCAUACAGAUUUCAGAUUUGUUAUAUAUUUGAAAAACAAUUAAUUGUAGGAAUUUUAUAUUUUGUAAAUUUUUAAAAUAAUUGUAACUAAAGUAAUAAAAUUAGCCUUUUAAUUUCACACUCAAGCAGAAUCUACAGUUGUGUGCUAGGACCUUAUUAAACAGAAUAAAACGAGGAUUGGAACUAUAUAGGGUGGAAAUUACUAAAUAGUGUUUUAAUCAAUAGAAAGGAUGUGACCACAAACUAUCUUUUAGCUCUAGCUAAAAGUCAAGGCUUUUUAACAUUUCAGCCAAUGGCUCUCCCACUUACAAAAAAGGAAAUGAGAGCUUGAUUGAAACGUUAUGCUUAGCCCAUUAUUAACAGCAAGUUAUUACAAAAAGAAAUAAAAUGUAUCCAAUGGAAAAGUUUUUUAUUCUAUAGAAAUGUCAAAGAAGUAAAUUUGUAACAAUUGCAUUAGAAAGAGAUGAAGAUAAACAUGUGGUGACAUAAACAUCUGUCAGAAAGUGACUAAGUAACAUUGGUGAUAUUAGAAAAUAGCCAAACAUUCUUUAUAUGCUGGAUAAUCUUCAUAUACAUAUACCAAAAAUGUAACUUUGUUAGUUCUAGGCAGAAGAGCUGUAGAUUAUUAAUUAUAAUUUACAGUAUUAUUAAUAUUAUUUUGUGAUUAUUAUUAUGUUGUUAAAAGAAUAAUAUCAUGUGUAAUUUUUAAAAUGAAUAAAAAUUUUGUCAUUAAAAAAAAUUGUAUAUGUUAUAUAUUUGGCCAAAACGAGUUUAAUUAGUUAGAAUUAUUACAAAAUUAAUAGAAAAUCAUUUAAAUGCUUAGCUGGGAUAUGUUAUGAACCAUUAAUUAUGGUACCUAUUACAUACUUUAUAUAACAGAAAUAUGUAUACAGUAUUGUGAUUAUUAUAUUGAAUUGCAGUAAUCCAAUAGUAAAGAAAGCCAUGAACAAUGUAAACACCAAACUCUGUGUAUCCCAAUGAUAUGUAAAGUUGUAUGUUACUUCAUAUUAUAUACUUUAUCGUACUACUGUUGUUACUUAUUGUUAAUUCAUGUUAUACGGUUUAUUAUUAUAUGUGUUGUUCAUUUAAAUGUUGUUUGUAAAGUACAGCCACUGCUAUUCUCAUUACAACAGGGAAAAUAUUGGGAAGAGCAUUAAUGCAUGGAAAUGAACAGAAGUGAAACAUUGGUAUUAGAACAUAUUAACUCGUUUGAUCCUGUACAUAUAUCUGGACGUCAAAGAUAUCUGCAUAAAAUCCCAACGCCCGUACAAACAAACAUUCACAAGUUAAUUUUGUUUGUUUAUGUUGUCUGUGUUUAUAUUGCAACUUAAAAAACUAUAAUUUACAUAAAAUGAAUUCAAUAUGUGUAUAUAUAUAUAUAUAUAUAUAUAUAUAUAUAUUUAACAAUAUGAUUUUACUCUCCAAAUAACACAUAAUAAAAGAAAAGGACAAUUUACAGUUUUAUUACAAUUUCAACACAGGCACUAAACAAUAAACAACCCAAACUGACGAAGUUUUUUCCAUCUGGUAAUCAACAACCUACACAAUGGUUGCUUUUGAAACAGAUGUCUCAGGAUGACUACAGACCUAUGACGACUACAUAUGUAAUCAAACAGUAUUACAGAUCAUUGGCUUUCGUUUGGUAUAAAUAACAUUAGUAAAAUAUGUUUUAUGUCAUUUACAGCAAAAUAAAAUUCAUCUGUUUUCUGACUGUUUGUAUUUAUAUAAAAAAGACAUAAUUUUAAAAUCUGUUAAAUUAAAACAAAACUCCAACAUAACAACACUCAACUGACCAUAAUUGCUCCAGAAUUGGAAUUUUUCAAAGUUACUAAACUCCAUCAAUGCAACUGGUCAACUACCGUAAAUCUUGACUUUUACAAAUUAUUGUCAUUUUUCUUUUACUAUUGUAGCCAAAUAAAGAAAGGUCAGUUACGAUUUAUAUGCGAAAACGAAAGUUCCAUCUUUUCAUUGAUAUGUGUCAGGAUGCAACGAAGCCUUAAACAGUAAAUCAACUCCCUGUAACUGUAUAAAUAAAAGAUCAAGACAACCAAUUAUUUUAUAUUGUUUGAUUUAUUGUAAGUUUUGGUCCUGUUAUCAAAUAUUAUGUGAUAUGCAGUGCUCAGUGUUCAUAGAUUUAAAAAAACCAAAUUAAAAAAGUUAAUAUAGUUAUACAUCCAUUCUAUUGACUAUCCUAAGCUGAAUUUCAGCAGCAGAUGUUUAUUCAAUCGCAUACAAAAGACAAAAUGAAAGUUGUUGUUCAUUCUAGAUUUAUAUCAUUAAUCCUGCAUAGUAAAACAUAAUCUUUCACAAGGAAGCUGUUAUGUGCAUUCCAAGUCCAAUGUUUCCUCCCAUGCUACACGAAAAACAAAACAUAGUUAUUUCAACUUCAAUUUGGCAUUUAAAUCAUUUAGUUAUCUUAUAUAGUGUUUAAGUAAUGGCCAUUCAAAAUUCUGAUAUUCAUUUUCAGAGACCCUAUAUAUAAUAAUACAUAAUAUGUACAAGUUUCCCUUCAGUUUGUCUUUCUUUUUUUACCUCCAGCUUUCAGUAAUUCUUUUAAAUAAUACUAAUGUACAGAGACAAUUUUAAGUGAUCUGUUCAUCAAACAUGCUGGCUGUACUUUUACAGGUAUUAAUUUUAUAGGGGAAUGGUUAAUUUUAUACUGAAUUAGUUUUAGUUAUAUUUUAUAGUUCUCAUAUUAUUUUUUUCAAAGUCAAUAUCCCUCGCACAGUUCUUUUUGUUUGUUAGACUUAGUUUUGUCACAGGAUGUGUUAUUUGCAUUUAUUUGUUUUGAUCUGUGAAUAAAGUGUUAUAAUUUGUUCAUUUUCUAGCAUUGUUGUGAUAGUCUAUAAACGUUUAUUAUAAUUUUCUUACAAAUAGACUUCUUAAUAUACUGUGAUAAUAUUAAUCCCUUCUUCCUAGUAUUUUUACUUAUUAAUGUUUGUAGUGCUUUUUGUUGAUAGUAUUCAAGUCCAUUCAAUACUUUUGUACUUAGUAUGCCUAUUGCAAAAAAUAUAUAUUUUUAAAAUAAAAUAAAGGUUUUACAACAUAAA